ACUUAACCUGGCGCUACCAAUAUAGCGAGGCGGUGACCUACUAACAUAGAUCCAUGAGUCAGGAGCCACCUUGAAGGGAAGCGGGUCCUGGAGGACAGCGGGCCACCACCUCCUGUUUGCGGACCGACUGAUGGGGCCAGCGGACCGGCUCCCGGAGCUUGACGCGAGGCGGAAAACCAGAGCGGACGGAACGAGCCGCGGGCAGAGAAGAUAUUCUCCAGUGGAUUAAUUGAAUGUGGCUGUCGAUGCAUACAUGCAUUAUGGUGAGCAGUUAAAGACUUUCCAGCAUAUUGUUAGUAGCAGACGUUGGUAAUAUGCAAUCAAUCAAGCAAGAGGUGGACUCCAGUGAGUCCUACAGUGGAGAGGAUGCCCUGGUCCUGGCUGUGGCCCUACAGGGGGCUAACAGAGACCUGAUGGGUCACAAAAUAUCUGCUAAUCCAUUUAAGUCUAAAACUACAUGCCGUAGGAAAAGGGAGUUUAUCCCAGAGGAGAAGAAAGACAACAUUUACUGGGAGAGGCGUCGCAAAAACAAUGAGGCGGCCAAGCGCUCAAGAGAGAAGCGGCGCAUUAACGACAUGGUGCUGGAGAACAAGCUGAUGGCCCUGGGAGAGGAAAAUGCCUCCCUCAAAGCUGAGCUCCUGUCACUGAAGCUGAAGUUCGGCCUCUUGAGCUCAGCUGCAUAUGCCCAAGAAGCCCAGAAGUUAUCCAGCUCUGCCGCUGUCAAUCUCUACCAGGAGUUUGUUCCACCCACCGCUGAUCAAGGUUCUUCCAGCAGGGAUUUGGAGUCCCUUCAUUUGCGUAGUAGCUGCAUAUCAGUCAUCAAGCAUUCACCUCACAUGCCUGAGACAUGCACUGCAACUCAGGGUAGCUUCAGUGUCUGCAAUACCACAGAGGUCAAGCAAGAACCAGCAGAGAAUGGCAGGUAUGCACAGGAGAGGAGUAGUCCCUAUGAGCUCUAUAGAAACUACAUAGCCAGUCCUUUAUCCGGUGUUUACUCCCAACCUGCUUCAUUACUGCAGAUCACCAGGUCAUCCAGUAACUCCCCUCGGACCUCAGAUGAUGGUGCUGUAAGCAAAUUGUCAGAUGGUGAAGAUGAGCAGCAAGUCCCCAAAGGGUUCAUGCCAGCUACAGCUGGCCCAACAAGUGUCAUUGUCUCCACACACAAAGUGCCCGACACCAGUUCUUCAGCUUUGCCCCAUAAACUGCGGAUUAAAGCCAGAACCACUCAAAUCAAAGUGGAGGCCAUUGACCCUGAAUAUGAGUUAUCUGGAAAUUCCUCAUCUCCAGUCAGCAUAACAGAGGGAGGACACUGCCGGACCACUCACGACUCUUCAGAGUACACACAGUCCCCCCUGUGCCCUUUGUCAGUACAGGUCACCAACAUGCAGGGCUGGAGCCACCGGUCUGAGCAGUGGCACAGAAGCAGCACAGAUGCACUGUGGGAUGGCUGCAAGAGUAGCAGGCGAACCUCAAGCCCAAUCUCAAACAAAGCUGCCGUGGAUGUAAAAGAACCUUCCUAUGCACACUCACAUGCUGAGCACUUGUAUAUAAAACAGGACUUUGCCUCCCUUUCUGCUGAAGUGGCCUCCUUUGAAAAGACUGAUGGCAACACAGCAAGAUUCUGUGAUAGAGUCAAACAGAAGCACCACUGAUCAUCGUGUGUCAUCAAAGGGAUGUUCCUCUGAAUAACCUUUGUUUUGCAUUUCCACUUCAUUUGCUGUUGCACUGUGUGGUUAUUAGGGUUAAAAAUGUUUUCAUCACUGUAAGUUUUCAAAUAAAAUGUGUUGACAUAAUGGCAGAGCCUUAACCUGUAGACUGCUCACUGUUACAGGCUGAGGUAUAAUUACAAAAUAAUCAGUGCUCAAUACCACUGCACUCGCUCAGCUCAACAACAGAGCUGUGUCUGCUCCUCAGCUUCUCUUUUUAAAAACAGUUUUCAUCCAUUGAGUACUAUGGUGGUUUUUUUCAACCACUGUUCAGUUGUCACCAAUGAGAGUUAAUUCUUCAUGAAAUAUUUGAAGCUUACCAGGAAACAAUGGCCUCUGAGGAAGGAUUUUAAUGUGAAAAAUCUUGACAAUAGUUGGAUCUGUGAUAGAAACUGGAACAAAUUCUGAUUGAAAUCAAUGUUUCUGUUAAGAGAAACCUCAUAAUAACUUGGAUUUAUAUUGUGCCUUUCAAAGUACUGAAGGUCACUUUACAGAGUCAGAAAAAGAAGUAAAUUGAUGGCCCCAUGAAUAAUUAGAUUAGUUUAAAUGGGAGUACAUCAGAGAGUGGGAGGAACCUUUUGAAAUAAUACAUGGUUAUGAAACAACAAAUGAGUGGCCUAACUCCGCUUCAGCCUGGUUCUCUGUGCAGAGAAGAUUGACCAAAUAAAGAUGAUACGCACUAUUUGCGAAUUGUAAAUUCAUCCGAGAAAUCAGUGUAACACUUGCGUGUGAAACCUUUAUUUUAUUGCUAUGAGAUGGUUUAUAACUGCUCACUGGGGUCUUAACUGUCAUCACAAACCUACUGUCACUGCUCUGCAGGCUCCAACCAGGCCUGCAGCUAUUUCCAUUCCCUGUUUAACUGGCGGAGCUGGGGGCAAUUUGGCCAAAACUUAAAGCUUAAACCCCCAACCUUUUGAGUAAUGUAAUAAGGUUAUUGUAUUGAGAAAACGUAACAGUCCAUGCCCCUGCUUACUUGGUGCUUUAUUUCAUAGGUUUGUCAUUUCAGAAUAAUUCCCCACUCAAUGUGAUGACACUUCCUGGAAAGAGCCCUGUAGUUUGGUUUGUAUUAAUGGAAAGUAGAUUUUGAAUUGGCACAUUUCCAUUGACUAAACUUAUAUGUUCUAUUAUGUCUAAUAGGCCUUGCAGCUGGCUCAGAUUGAGGUGGGAUCACAUUCUAACCGCAUACAAACAAAGACUGUUCAUGACCUUCCUCAGUGAGGUUAUUUUGGUCUGCACUGUCCUACACCUGUACUUAACAAAGCAGCCUUCACAGCUUCAGUAUUUUUCCUCAUGUCAUAAAAUACGUGUGCUUAUUUCUUCAUUUAGUUAUUUCAUGUUUUUUUUACUUGGUUGAAACAUUUUCUCUCAAAAUGUCCUAUGAUUAGAACAUCUUUGUGAAUUGCAAGUACACAUACUGUUACUGACACUGAUCAUUUAUGCAAAUUGGAGGGUGACUUUUAAAUUCUCUGCUACUGUCACUGCUUCACAGUUUUUUUUGAAAAGUCUUGUUGGUGACUUUAAGCUUCCAGACUGCUGGUAAAACUGGCAAUGUGUGUGACACUGGCUGGACAACUGUGACUACCAUCUGAUGGAAGUGACAACUGGACUUUAUAAAGCUCUGACAUUUCUUCCGUCACAUUUUGGUGAACUAAUAAUUCAUUUUCAAAAGUGUUUCCAGAGAUUCUGCAUUACAGCUUCACUUAAUUGUAAUUGAAUUAUUACAGUUUACAGCCAUCGUACCCCUGCUGUAUGUUGGGUGGUUCAUUUCAAAUGACUGAUGUGUAUGCUUGUGUUGUCAUACUUUGGAAUAUCUCUUUGAUGAUGAUGACCACUUUCAUCAAGAUAUUGUAACAGUGAUUCUUUUGUUUACAAUAAAUGUCUUAUCACUGAA